UGACCAUUCGUAACGGUGGCCUAAAUUCUUUUCCCGUGAAAUAUUUUAUAGUUUUUCAAACUAUCCCCGUGUUUCAACCGCGAGGUCGAUUGCUCGCCAGUUUUGUUUAUUUAUUUGGUACGAAUACGUGAUGGUAACUAUCGGUAUCGCGUAAACUUUAUGCUGUUUCGUGUACAGCUGUUGUCCUAUUUUGCGUUCGAUUUUACGCACCAGUUACAUAUCAUCAAGAACUAUAAUUGGUUUCGUCAAAUUACAUGACGUCAAGGCUCUAGGAAGCAUAAUCUGCUUGAUCUUUUGAUUAUCCUCGAUAGUAUUUCCUUGUAUAAGGAGCAGCAAUAAUGACGAGCAGAGAAGAUGUUAUUCAGAAUGUACGUGCAUGCUUGUUGACAUCAAAGGGUAGUGUCGCGAUAGACAAUUUAAAUAGAGAUUAUCGAAUGCUCAUUGAUGAAAACAUACCGUUUAGAACCCUAGGAUUUCAGUCUUUAGUUGGCUUCUUGCGUACUAUUCCUAGUAUUAAACUUAUCGAUAGAGGUAACACGCAUUACGUGGAGGCUAUACCUACUGAAGAGUCUGCACACAUUACCAAAUUAAUUGCACGACAAAAGACAUCGUCUAAGAAGAAUAAGAAAUUGGUGAGGAGUCAAGGACCUCUGUCAUUCCGUCAGCCCAUGCAAAGGAAUACUCGUAGUGUAAAUAACGACGGUAGUAAUAUGUAUUCAAAAAUGGGUGCGAGGAAUCCGUUGAGUGUUUCGUUUGGAACGACAGUUACUCAUCAAUAUAAUGAGAGGCCCAAAUUCAUGCCAACCAAUUAUACGACACCAGCAAGUGCUCCUAGUACAAGACUGAAAGAGAGACAAGUGAACGCUCUUCCGGUGUCGAACCAAAGUGUCAAAGAUCCUAGACAAGACUUACAAGCAAAGAGCAAUGUAAAGGCAAUAACGCCAGUGAUAAGUCAGAAACCAAAGACUGUUAAUAACAACGCGGAAGUGUAUCAUAAGAAAGCUUCAAACAUAAGCGAUAGACUUAACGUAACUCCUAAUCUCGACAAAUUAAUUCAAAGUCUGCACAUGAACAUUCCAUCGUCGCAGCAAUCCCACGUAUUGUCGCCUCUUUCACCCGGACAACUUAUAGCAGAAUGCAAAUCAACUCAUCAGCAACAGUUAAUGAAUUCGCAGCCGCAACCAUUGAUGGAUAUAAAUGUGAAACCACCGAUAAAUACGCAUCAGCAACCGUUGAUUAAUUCACAGCCGCAACUAUUGACGAGUGGAAAUCAGAAACCAUCGAUAAAUUCGCAUCCGAAACCAUUGACAAAUCCACAUCAGCCGAUAUUAAUGAAUCCGCAGUUUCAACAGAGGCUACCAAUGAACUUAUCACAGUUUCAGCAGCCACCGAUAAAUUCACCACAAUUACAGCAGUCACAAAUAAAUUCACCACAGUAUCAGCGAUCACCAGUAAAUUCAGUACAAUUGCAACAGCCACCGAACGAUUCUUUACCAUCCUUAAGAAUGAAUGCACAACCAGUCGUGCCAAAAUCACAAUCAGUUGAUCCAAGGGAGGAGUUAAAGAGGAGAGCUAUUGCACUCAAUCUACCAGAGCCUGUGUAUCAAAUUUUGCCCAUGACAAUUAAGCGUGCUAAACACCUAGCUGUGUUCGCGAAAGUUAAGGUUGGCCAAUACGACUACGGGAGUUAUCCAGAAGAAGCGCGUACCGAGGACGAGGCACAGAAGAUCGCGGCGAACAAUGCUCUGCUCGAUCUUACUGAGAAGUAUGGACUACCGUACAGUUUGACCGAAACUAAGGACAAGGACUUGAUCAAGAAACGAAUCUUGUCUAUAAUAGACGCUCAUCCGAGCGGCAUAUUCAUGCAUCAAAUUCCGGUGUAUUAUAAGAAAGAAUACCAAGAAAUUCUCCCGGUGAAUUGGGAGAAGGACAUUGAAAAGUGUCCAGAAAUAGUUUUAGAAAAAGGAGCUGACAACUCGAUAAUUCUACGUCGAUUUGUUUCGUCCCCUGAAAAGAUUCGACAUGUGCCUCCAUCGAAAGUGGAUAAAGUACAACUGAAUCCAAUUGGGAUUGCAGUUCCCGAAAAGUUAGAAUUACCAGAGAGCAGAUAUUUCAGUGCAACGGUUAACUGCGUUGUGAGCACUACGGAGAUAUGGAUCAGGAUCAUAGACGACUCAUAUUCUGAUCCAUUCUUUGCUUUGAUCACCGAGAUGAGCCAGUGUUAUAGUAAGGUCCAGCAACCUACCAAGCCACAAGCAAUUAAAACUGGAAAUUACUAUGCCGUCUACGUAGACGAUUCAUGGCACAGAGUUCGUUGCGUAGAUUUCGAUGCUACAACUGGAGAUACUAUCGUGUCGUUUAUUGAUCACGGUGACGAGGAUGUUUACCAUUAUAGCAAAUUAUAUCCGUUGGAUAAGAAGUACUGCGUGUUUCCAGCUCAGGCUGUGAGAGUGUCUCUUUCUGAUUUGGAAGACUUUAGUGAUUACGAUAGUAUCGUCGAUCAAAUGGAGAACUUGCUCCUCGGUCGGAGUUUGUACGUCGAAAUAAUCAGCCGCGACGGUGAUAAAGAUGAACCGACCGCGACUGUUAUAUUUUACGAUACGAACGGGCAAGAGGACGUCGAUGUAAACGCACAACUGUUUAGCUAUCUCUCAGAAACAGUACUGGUUGCUCCUAAACUGAACGCUGGAGGACAAGUGUCUAAAGUAUUUAUCUCGCACGUAGAACCGAGUGGCGAAGUUUACGUUCAAGUGCAGUCUGAGAACAUGAAGCUCUUGAUUAGUUUAUUAAAUCGACUGAUAUCCACCAAAAUAAAUUCGGAGGACAAAAAGAAUAGCAUAGUUUCUAGGAUCGGUGUUAGUAGAACGUAUUUCGUAUCGGUAGACAAUAAUUGGUACAGGGGAAAAAUUAUCGACGUUGUCUCUAACGAUCAAUUCAGAGUAUUUUUGAUCGAUUACGGAAAGACCGUGAUCACGUCCAUAACGAAUCUUCUUGAUCUGAGAAUACUAUCUCAAAUAUUAGCUGAUUACCCUCCUCAGGCGAUAAAAGUACAUCUUCACAACAUUGACAAAUCAAUGUUCAACGAGAAGAUGGUGACCAAGCUAGUAGAGCUCGCUCCAGAGGGUGAACCGCUUUUGUUGAAAAUCGUUACGAUCGAAGACGGCACGCCUGUCGUGGAAAUGUUCAGAAGAAUUCAGCCAAGUAACAUGCUCGUUUCUCUGAACAAUACGUUGGCUUUGGAAGAAGAACUCAUUAAAACGAAUGGCGACGGUAACAAUAAUGUGAAACCCAGGAAACGGAUAGAACGUAUGAAUUCUAAACUUGCGGACAAUGAGAAUGGUGACUACCGAUUGUCAUUGAAACCACCGAAAAUUGGUGCUAUUCGCGAUUAUUUUGACGUGCACGUAACGAUGGCGGCACAUCCUGGGAAUUUCACCGUGCAACCCUACGAUGACAAGCAAGCAUUGCAGUCUCUAAUGAAACAAUUACAAAAAGCUUGCAAAGUAUACAAUGGUCCUACACCAAGUCCCGAAUCGAUUCAAAAAGACAAACUUUAUGCGGCGCAACACGAUGACAACAAUUGGUACAGGGUUUGCGUUUCAAGCGUAAUGAAUGACAACAUGGUCAGCGUUUAUUUCUGCGAUUUUGGGAACGUGUCAGUACUGGAGCUGGAUAAGUUGCAACCUUUGAAAAGCGAAUUCUUUGACCUACCUUAUCAAGCCAUUAAAGCGAGACUCGUUGGCAUACGACCCAUCAACGGUGACUGGUCUGCUGAAGACAGCUUUCUAUUCCAAAAAUUGGUCGUAAACAAAAGUUUCGUGUCUGUGGUCGUCGAGUCUGCGCACGACGAACUUUCCCCAGCGGAAACUAUACUGGGGUUGAAGUUGAUCGACGUUACUACCAACAAAGAUAUUUACAUCGACAAAAUUCUCGUAGACGAAGGCUGUGCCGUAUUCGUUGAUUAAGUACUGACAGAUAUACACAGGUUGUAUUAUACAGAACUCGUUCGAUGAGGGAAACGGGAGAGUGCCGUAGAUGAAAUUAACGAUUGACAUGUUGUUUCCGAAUUUCUCUAUACAUCGUGUACAAAAAGCUCAAACGAUUCGUCUUUAUCACAUUUUACAACGGUCGACCGCAGGAAGCGAUAGCAGCUGUUACGCGUUCCUAUGCUUCCUUCGGUAAGCCAGAGCUCGACGCUCAUCGCGGGGAGUAGAACUGUUGGGACUCGGUAUGUACCUGCAGACAAUUGUUUCCUACAUGUGUGCUAAAAGAUCGUUAACUGUGUUUCACGAUCGAGAACGUAGCUACUUGUAUAUAAAAUGAUGUUUAUAUUUGUGCAAAAAAUACUUGUCAAACGUAUAAAACAAACAGUUGCGUUUUAUGUAUGUACAUAUUAUCUGCAGCUACUCACAGUAUCCCACAGAGAUUGUUUUUUUUUUUUCAUUCUUCGUUUUUUAUUUGGUAAUAGUUAUUUAUUAAUUUAGAGAUUAUUUGUUUUCAAGUUCCAUACAGACGUGAGUUUCUGCGGGUUUUUGAACGUUUGAGAUUUUAUGCGUAGCUUGAGAAUAACUUCCUUUCAGAACGAUCGCGCACACGAUUUCUCAAGACUUUUUGUUGACUUAUUCGUAGAUCGACUCUCUGUUCUUUCAUUUUUUCCUUUGCGCAGAGUUAACGAGAGGAACGUGUUAACUGAAAUAGGCUGUGUGCGAUUAACAGCAUUCCAUUUGUUUUUAUAGUUAGCCUUUGCUGCUAAUUACAAAUUACUAUUAUCCCUUUUUAUUUUUUCUUCUUUUAAAACAAGUUUAUCGCUUCUAAUUUAAUUUGUUAAUGUAAUUAUACGCAGUUUAAGGACACGUUAUAUCUUUUAUACGUUUUAAUAGUACAUCGUUGAUAUAAGAAAAGUAACACUCGCUUCAUUUAAUAUAUUUAUAGCUAUUGUUAGAUAUACGUUCAGCCCUCGCGCGGAUCUCGCGAUCCCGCGGCAUACCCUGCGUAUCAAAGCCUAUACUACGAAUUCAUUUUAUUUUAAGCGACUAUUUACUCGUUCAGUAUUCUCCAGUUAGACUAAAUUAUAUGCGUAAUCGCUAGAUUUAAAGAUAUGCUGUUUUUAGAAUAUUCUUACUUUCCUAAAUUCGUGAGAUGAUAUUGUAACUUCGCGGCAAGAUAUUCCGUUAUGGUAUAUAUAUUUUUUUAUUACUUCAGAACAGGUGCCAAUAAAUACUAACGUUUUCACGAA